AUGGAUUAAGUUUUCUUAAAUUAAUGCCCAAUAAAAGGCCACUAUGCCUCGAAUAAAGAUCAAAUUUGCUUAGAUGAGGAGUGCGAAUGUGAAAUAAUGUGUCUCUACUGUCGAAUAGACCAUAUUGAUAAUAAUAAAAACCAUAAUAUUAUCCCAAUAAAUGAAAUUGCUGAAAAAAUCCAGCUUUUAUAAAAACCAUAAUAGAUAUAAAAUAAUAUAAUUAAUUAGGCCAAUAAAAUAUUAUUAGCGAUUCAGAAAUAAAUUGAUAUGAAAUUCAUAUAUGAUUUAGAAUAAACUAAUUACUUCAGACUAUAUUAGGAAAUUAAGGAUUUAGAUUUAACUUGCUAUUAAAAUAUUAUUAAGUUAAACAAAUAAACUCUAAAAUAAUUAUUAGUUGUUUAUAAAUCAUAUGAGUAAGAUAUACAGUAGGAAUUAAAUUUAGAUGAAAAUGACAAAAAAUAAAUUGUAGAAAUGAUUUUUUAAAAACUUAAUCCUUUGAAAAAGUAAAAUAAAUUGUUUUAAGAAUUUAAAUAUAAUCCAUAAUAAGAAUAAAUAGAAAAUUUUAUAGGUAAUCUAAAUAAAUAGUAAUAAUCUUUUGAAUUAUAAGAGGAAAUAGAAAAACUAGAAAACCAAAUAAGAAGCAAAGAUAUCUAAAUUUAAGAAAAAGUAGAAGUAAUAAACUCACUUUAAUAACUUAUUUAGAAUGUAAGUGAUUAAAAUUCAAAUUAUGAUAAUGAGAUUGAAUCAUAUAAAUAAACUCUAGAGGAGUACUAAAAAAAAAAUAAACAAUAUCUUAAGAAUAUUAAAGAAAACAACAGUUUUAUAAAACAAUUAGAAGAAACAAAUAAAGAUUUAAUAAAAACAAUUGAAAAAUAAUAAUAAGAAACUAAUGAUAAAAAAUCAAGCAAUAACUGUAUAAAAUUAUUAAAUUUUCCCUUGAAUGGUAAAAUAUCAUAAAAGCAUUUCGAUGAACUCUUUUCAACUAUCUAAAGAAAUUUUGUUGAAAAUUUGGAUAAUGAAUAUUAAAAGAAUAUACUUUAACUUACAAGUGAAUUAUAUAGCAAACUAGAACAGCAUUACACUGAUUUACAAUAACCAUUGUGA